UGUUCCGCCGCCUCCCUCACAUGUGCCUCACGCUGAAGAAGCCACCGAGGAACCAGAGCAGCGAGGAACACUGAGCUCUUACUUUUAAAAACACACAAACACACACACACACGCGUGGAUACUUCCCCUCCUUUUUGUUUUUCACUCCCACCGUGUCGGGGUCUUCAGGAGAGGACGUGGUGGCCGCUGGGGGGUGGACCGAGAACUAAGUUGUACUUGUUGGUCCAACAUGGGGAACGCGGGGAGCAUGGACCAGCACGCCGACCUCCGGGGACACAACAUGCCGCUGAAGCUGCCCGUGCCCGAGCCCGCGGAGCUGGAGGAGAGGUUCGCCAUCGUCCUGAGUUCGAUGAAUCUUCCUCCAGACAAAGCACGACUGUUGCGGCAGUAUGACAACGAGAAGAAGUGGGAACUCAUCUGCGAUCAGGAGCGAUUCCAGGUGAAAAACCCGCCUCACACGUACCUGCAGAAGCUGAGGAGUUAUCUAGACCCAGCAGUCACAAGAAAGAAAUUCAGACGGAGGGUUCAGGAGUCCACCCAAGUCCUGAGAGAACUGGAAAUUUCAUUACGGACCAAUCACAUAGGGUGGGUGAGAGAAUUCCUAAAUGAAGAGAACAAAGGCCUGGACGUGCUGGUGGAGUAUCUUUCUUUCGCACAGUAUGCUGUCACGUUUGAUGGAGACUGUCUGGAGAAUAACCCAGAAGCUACGAUAGACAAGUCGAAGCCCUGGAGCCGCUCUAUAGAAGACCUUCAUGGAAGCAGCACGCUGCCGUCCCCCAUCACGGGGAACGGCAUCACACGUGGCGGGCGACAUUCCACCAUACGCUCCAACACGCUGCCCAGCCGGCGAACGCUGAAAAACUCCAGACUGGUCUGUAAAAAGGACGACGUCCACGUCUGCAUCAUGUGCCUGCGUGCUAUCAUGAACUACCAGUAUGGCUUCAACAUGGUCAUGUCACACCCACAUGCUGUGAAUGAAAUUGCACUAAGUCUCAACAAUAAAAACCCCAGAACUAAAGCUCUGGUCCUCGAGCUCCUGGCGGCGGUCUGUCUCGUGAGAGGAGGCCACGAAAUUAUUCUCUCUGCGUUUGACAACUUCAAGGAGGUUUGUGUGGAGGAGCAGCGGUUCGAGAAGCUAAUGGAGUAUUUCAAGAACGAGGACAACAACAUUGACUUCAUGGUGGCAUGUAUGCAGUUCAUCAACAUUGUCGUGCACUCUGUGGAGGACAUGAACUUCAGGGUUCAUCUACAGUUUGACUUCACCAAGCUGUUCCUGGACGACUACUUGGACAAACUAAAACACACAGAGAGCGAUAAGCUGCAGGUGCAGAUCCAGGCGUACUUGGAUAACGUCUUCGAUGUGGGAGCCCUCCUGGAGGACGCCGAGACCAAAAACGCUGCCCUGGAGCGGGUGGAGGAGCUGGAGGAGAAUAUGUCUCAUAUGUCAGAGAAGCUGCAGGACAUGGAGAAUGAGGCCAUGUCCAAGAUCGUGGAGCUGGAGAAGCAGCUGAUGCAAAGGAACAAGGAUCUUGAAUCCAUCAGGGAAGUCUACAAAGACACCAGCUCGCAGGUUCACUCCCUGCGGCAGAUGUUGAAGGAGAAGGACGAGACUAUCCAGCGAUCUUCUAACCUGGAGAGGAAGAUCCACGAGCUGGAGAAGCAGGGCACCAUCAAGAUCCAUAAGAAGGGAGACGGGGACAUCUCCAUCCUGCCUUUGCCGCCCCCCGGCGUGGAGGGCGUGUUGGGGGGCGUGCCGGGCGGCGUGAUCGGAGGAACAAUUGGAUCUGUCAGUCCAAACCAUGUAGGCCUUGGAGCGGGCACGCCGGGUCCACCACCACCACCACCACCUCCUCCUCCACUGCCAGUGAACGGCACAUUGCUAAACGGACCUUCAUUGGUCAUUCCGACAAUGGUGGCGCCUCCUCCGCCGCCUCCUCCUCCACCCCCUCCUCCACCCCCAGGACUAUCCUCAGGCCCUCCGCCUCCUCCACCUCCUCCCAUGGCUCCACCACUGCCCGGCUGUGGGACGCCCACGGUCAUCAUGAACUCUGGGUUAGCCGCCGUCAAGAUCAAGAAACCCAUCAAGACGAAGUUCCGCAUGCCCGUCUUCAACUGGGUCGCGCUUAAACCGAACCAGAUCAACGGCACCGUCUUCAAUGAGAUUGACGAUGAGAGGAUCCUGGAGGACUUGAACGUGGACGAGUUCGAGGAGAUGUUCAAGACGAAAGCCCAGGGCCCGUCCAUUGACAUCACUUUGAGCAAGCACAAGGUGAUCCAGAAGGGACCCAGCAAGGUGACCCUGCUGGAAUCCAACAGGGCAAAGAACCUGGCCAUCACGCUGAGGAAAGUGGGGAAGGCGCCCGAGGAGAUCUGCAAGGCCAUUCAGCUACUGGACCUGCGCACUCUGCCCGUGGACUUCGUGGAGUGUCUGAUGCGCUUCCAGCCCACAGAGAACGAGAUCAAAGUCAUGCGUCAGUUUGAAAAGGAGCGCAAGCCGGUGGAGACCCUGACGGACGAGGACCGCUUCAUGAUGCAGUUCUGCAAGAUCGAGCGGCUCAUGCAGAAGAUGACCAUCAUGGCCUUCAUCGGCAACUUCUCCGAGAGCAUUACGAUGCUCACGCCGCAACUUCACGCAGUCAUCGCAGCGUCGGUGUCCAUCAAGUCGUCACAGAAGCUGAAGAAGAUUCUUGAGAUUAUCUUGGCACUUGGAAACUACAUGAACAGCAGCAAAAGAGGAGCGGUGUACGGCUUCAAGCUGCAGAGUCUAGACUUGCUAAUCGAUACCAAGUCGACGGACCGUAAGAUAACAUUGUUGCACUACAUCGCCAAUGUGGUGAAAGAGAAGUACUCGCAGGUUUCUCUCUUCUACAACGAACUGCACUACGUGGAGAAGGCUGCAGCAGUGUCGCUGGAGAACGUCCUGCUGGAUGUGAGGGAGCUGCAGAGGGGCAUGGAGCUGACCAGACGCGAGAACAGCAUGCACGGCCACAACACCAUGCUCAAGGACUUCAUCACACACAAUGAGAACAAGCUGAAGAAGAUGCAGGACGACGCCAAGAUUGCACAGGACGCCUUCGACGAGGCGGUGAAAUUCUACGGGGAAAACGCCAAAACCACGCCGCCGUCCGUCUUCUUCCCUGUGUUUGUGCGAUUUGUAAAGGCUUACAGGCAAGCGGAGGAGGACAACGAGCACAGAAAGAGACAGGAGCAGAUAAUGAUGGAGAAACUUCUAGAGCAAGAGGCCAUGAUGGAGGAAGAAAAGAAGUCUCCCUCCCAUAAGAACAAGCGGCAGCAGCAGGACCUGAUCCAGGAGCUGAGGAAGAAACAGGUGAAAGACAGCCGGCACGUGUAUGAAGGCAAAGAUGGAGCCAUUGAGGACAUCAUCACAGAUUUGAGGAAUCAGCCUUACAGGCGAGCGGACGCCGUGCGGAGGAGUGUCAGGAGACGCUUUGACGAUCAGAACCUGCGGCCGGUGAACAACAGCCACGGCGAGGUGGUCAUAUGACGAGGGAGCGGUUCAUGUGCUGGAAGGGAGGAGGCGAACAGGUGGUGGGUGGGUGGGGGGAGGGGGAAGGACUGCGGGAUGUUGAGAAGAGGGAGGGACGGAAGGUUGGAUGUGAAGAGCGAAGGCUGACGAGCGGAAGAGGACGAGUGUUGUAGCAACCGUAGAUAUGAGUAUGUAUAUAUAUUACAUAAGAAUACGUGUUCCAUGUCUGUGGUAUCGUAGCAGCGUUUCACGAUGAAGGACUGGGAGGUGGACGAGUUUAAAGAGAAGUGUCUGAAAGGUUCUCGAACCUUCGACAAGCUAAGUGCCUGAACUUAUUCUUGUGCACUAACGUCGCACUGUGUUCUGUUUCUCUGUUUUUUAAUAGCCCCACUUUGAAAGCAAUACAGUUUGACCUGGCUUUAAUGUCACGACAUGUUGAAACUGGACUUUGUGGCUUUAAGAGUCGCGUGAAGAGACGCUUCCUUAAUGUAGAAUGUACGGGACACGUCCCCCUCAGAUGUCACAGACACUGCGUCUCUCACUGACCAAGUUUCACACUUGGUCUUAUCUCGGUAUAUUUUGGUGCUUUAUUACAUUCCUCUUUCUACACAAACAUUCAUCUCAUGAGGCUUCUCCUCUUCAACUACCAGGGCUGACGAUCAGGCAGGAAGAUGGAGGAGAGAAAUGAUCUGUAUUAAUUAAAGAAAUUAAGUGGAAGGUUGAUGGAAAGUGAAUGAAAAAGUCCACAAAAGGAGACCCAGGGCCUGUGCUAGGAAACAGGAUUUGCUGUUAUUGAGGUAAAAUGAGUUUUAAAUCUCUGAGUUUUAUUUCCUACGAACCUGGUUCACUUCUUACUGGAAUAAAUAAACACAGGUUACUUUUGCUGAACACGCUAACACAGGUUGAGGCAGAUAAAGAACCGAUAUCCUGGUUUGUUCAGGUUACCAAACGAUAUGUUAGGUUAAGUGAAGCCGGACAAAGAGAGCGUAUCAGGACAGGGCCUGAGCGAAUGUGAAUCGCAUCCAUCAAAUCUCUUCAUACUGAUCAGUGGCUACUGAAGUCUGACUCUGUCGCUCUUAAUCCACAGAAGAAGAAGACGCCCAGUUCCACUAAACUUUGCCGUUGGUUUCUGUGACAACACAGAAGUUUCACUGGUUUACGGGAACAAGUUACCGAGAGUAUAAACUGCACGAAAGACUCGAUGAUCUCAUUGACAAAACUGGAUAUAACCCAUCGUUGUAUUUACAGGUUAAUCAUUCUCCAGGCUACUGUGUCUGCUCACUUUAUUGUAAUUUUAAAUGUAUAGUAUUUAACCACUGAAAAGAUUCCUUUAAGCUCAUGUUUCCGUUGAGUCAUUGGAGCGACGGCGAAACAGAAGAAAACAAAAACAAAAAAGUUUCCUAAAUGUACAGAUAUUUUGCUACAAACCAUGUUUUUUUAUUUUCCCUAUUCACAUUUUACCAGAUGGUUAAUAUUGUACAUAUUGUUUGAACAAAAGUUUCCAUCGCCUUGUGCUAUACAACUUGAAUGUUAUUUUAACUUAUAGAAUUUGUUUUGUUUUGUUUCCAUCCUUUUUAUAUUUAAUGAAGCCAAAUGCAGCCGGGAAUCUACAGUAGUGAGUGACAUCCUGUUGUGUAGCAGAAUCACGCAGUGUGUUUGUGGGUUGAUGUCACACGUGGAUCAAACCCAGCGGCGGCGACCUGCAGCACGCUCAUGUUACUGGACUCGUUGUUAAACAUUAAACUGGUUUCUGUUGGUUGACCUGUGAUGAUGGGCUGGAAUGUGGCUCAGUGAUGCACCUUGUAAUCAUCUCCGUCUCUCUUUAACUACAGCGUCUGUAAUAGUGUCAUUUCUCUAACUGGAUAAUACUGGCAUGUUUUUUUUUUUUUUACUUUCACCAGAAAUGUAUUUUAGGCAGUUUAUUGCGCUUACUACAAAAUAACAAGCAUUUUUGUUCUUUUUUUUUUUUUUAUUAGGUGAUAUGAGAUUUCCAUUGAAUAUGAUCAAAUAAACUAUUUACAUUGA